AUGUCACACUACUCUGCAGAGCGCCGUGGCCGCUUUGCACGUCGCUACGAUGAUCGUAAUGACGAUCGUUACGGCGGCCGCUGUGAUGACCGUUAUGAUUACCAUUAUGACGACCGUUAUGACGACCGUUAUGACGACCGCUACCACCACGGCUACAACGCCUACGACUACGGCGGCGACUACGGCCACGGCCGUCGCGACUCCACUGCCGUUGAUCGCCGUCGCUCCCAGCCGGUACGGCGGAGCAAGAGCUCCCAUCGCUCCCAUCGCUCAUUUUCCGCUUCAUCCCCCUCCUCUUCCUCCUCCUCCUCCUCCCGCCGUAGCCCUUCCGUCGGCCGCGAACUCAAACAUGUCGUCACAUCCGCCCUCACCGCCGGCGCCGUCGAGGCCUUCCGGCUGCGCAACACACCGGGCAAGUGGGCCUCGGGGGCCAAGGGCGGCCGCGUGGCCACGGCAGCCAUUGGUGCGGCUGUUGCUGACACUGCCGUCGAGAGUAACAACCACAGCGGCAAGCAUGGGCGGCGGCAUGUGGUAGAGGCGGCGAUGGCCGGUCUGUUGACGGACCGGCUCGUGAAUGGGAAGCGGAGGAAGUGA